GUGUUUAAGGCGAAUGGGCCUCUGCAUCCACCUGCUAGCGCCCUGCCUCUCUACAGUCAGGAGCGCCCAACUUUCCUGAGGAGCACACGCUGCGUGCCUGGACCUCUUUCCACCACAGGGACUUUGUUUCAAGCUGCUUUUUUUUCCCACGAGAUGUUGAUUGUAGUCGUGAGACAACACAUUGUCGCCUCGCGAUCCCGAAGAUUGAACUAGAGAAACAUUUUCUCUAUUUUUUUAAAACUGUAAUUUUCUUAUUGUUCACUGACUCCUCCGGGGCCAAUAACUGCGCAUUGUGCACAGGUAUAGUCUGCCCCCCUGAACACGGACUGUCCAGAAGCAGCACCGGGAUUUAUAUUGUUAUUAUUGAUUUCAACUUGGAGGCGAAAGUGACCGAUCUGUUGGAAUUGGUUUGUUCAAUGACUUGCAAGGUUGGAUCUGAAGUUAUAUUCGGAAAGCUGUAACAAGAGAUUUUUUUUUAAACCACAGUUUGUGUGCUGCUGGAGGUUGGUCGACCAUGCAGCUGGACGGUCUGUGGACAGUCCACACCCUCCUGGCACUGUCCAGCUUCGCUUUCGGGAACCCAGUGAUCAAUGACCCGCUGGCCGCACCUCGCGUCUUCAUCUCCUUCAAAGAGCUGAGAUCUACCGGUACCGCUCAUCACUUUGCCUACCUCCUCAACACGUCCAAUUACCGGAUCCUGCGUAUGGAUGAGGACCAUGACCGCAUGUACGUUGGCAGCAAGGACCACAUCCUGUCCCUGGACCUCCAUGACAUCAACAAGGACCCACAUAUCAUCCAUUGGCCAGUGUCCGAACGAAGAAGGAUGGAGUGCCUUGUGAGUGGGAAGGAUGCCAAUGAGGAGUGUGCAAACUUCAUCCGUCUGAUCGAGCCAUGGAACCGGACUCAACUCUACGUCUGUGGGACAGGAGCUUACAAUCCAGUCUGUACCUUCGUCAACCGUGGACGCAAACCUCAGACGUCCAUGUAUCUACAGAUGGCCCAGGCCAGAGGAAGGGCUAGCCGCGCAGCUGAACCCAGCGCGGUGCACGAGACACUUGGACUAAAGGAAGAAAUCUUCCAUUUGGAGCCGGGCAAAGUGGAAUCUGGAAAGGGAAAGUGCUCCUACGACCCGAAGCUCAACAGCGUGUCAGCUUUGAUCAAUGGUGAACUCUAUGCUGGGGUCUAUGUUGACUUUAUGGGAACAGACUCUGCCAUUUUCCGUACUUUGGGGACAAAGACUGCCAUGCGAACAGAUCAGUACAACUCCAGAUGGUUGAAUGAUCCCACUUUCGUCCACGUACACCUCAUCCCCGACAGCGCAGAGAGAAAUGACGACAAGCUAUAUUUCUUCUUCCGGGAGAAGUCCUCUGAGAUGGGCCAGAGUCCCGUGACCCAGUCCCGUAUAGGACGCAUCUGCCUGAAUGAUGACGGAGGCCACUGCUGUCUGGUCAACAAGUGGAGCACUUUUCUGAAGGCCAGGCUCAUCUGCUCGGUGCCAGGGGCCGACGGCAUGGAAACACACUUCGAUGAGCUCCGAGAUGUUUACAUACAGCCAACACAGGACACAAAAAACCCUGUUAUAUAUGGAGUCUUUUCUGUCUCUGGCUCUGUGUUCAAAGGCUCAGCAGUUUGUGUCUACUCCAUGGCCGACAUCCGUAUGGUCUUCAAUGGACCCUUUGCCCACAAGGAGGGUCCCAAUUACCAGUGGGUGGCCUACACUGGGAAGAUCCCCUACCCUCGACCCGGCACGUGCCCUGGAGGUACAUUCACCCCCAACAUGAAGUCCACUAAGGACUACCCAGAUGAAGUGAUUAACUUCAUGAGGAAUCACCCUGCCAUGUAUAAUGCUGUGUACCCAGUACACAAGCGCCCCCUGGUGGUUCGGACCAACGUGGACUAUGAGUUCACCACCAUCACGGUGGACCAGGUGACAGCUGCAGACGGCAACUAUGAAGUGCUCUUCCUAGGAACUGAUAAGGGGACAGUUCAGAAAGUCAUUGUUCUCCCCAGAGACGACCUGCAGACUGAGGAGCUGGUCCUGGAGGAGGUAGAGGUGUUCAAGGUCCCUACUCCAAUUACAACAAUGAAGAUCUCAUCCAAAAGGCAACAGCUGUACGUGUCAUCUGUGGUUGGGCUUACCCAGUUGGCUCUACACCGGUGUGAUGUGUAUGGUGAGGCCUGCGCUGACUGCUGUCUGGCCAGAGACCCUUACUGUGCCUGGGAUGGCAAGUCCUGCUCCCGCUACUCCGCCUCGCAGAAGAGGUCUGACCCCUUUAGACGUAGCCGGAGGCAGGACGUCAAGUACGGGAACCCCAUCCGCCAGUGCCGAGGCUUCAACUCCAACACCAAUAAGAACACUCUGGAGAUGGUGCAGUAUGGGGUGGAGGGUAGCAGUACCUUCCUGGAGUGUCAGGCCCGCUCUCCACAUGCUGUCAUCAAAUGGCAUCUGCAGAGAGAUAACAGCGACCGCAGGAAAGAGAUGCGUUCUGAUGGUCGGAUUUUAAAGACAGAGCAAGGUCUUCUCCUGCGAUCUCUGCAGCCCUCCGACUCUGGCAUGUACCAGUGUACAGCCACGGAGAAGAACUUCAAACACACGCUUGUCAAGCUGCAGCUUGUGGUGCUGUCGAGCCGGGCUGUCAACAACGUGCUGGUGGAGGGUGGGGGAGGGCUGGUGCCGUCUUCUCUCCACUCCAGCAGCACCCAGUGGACCCCCAGCGCAGGCCAGUACAAGGACCUGCUGACCAUCCUAAGCCAGCCAGAGAUGAGCCUGAUCAAUCAGUACUGCCAGGACUACUGGCAGUUCGGAGACCCACUGCUGGGCGCCCUCAAGGCCAAAGACCUGAAGGAGCUCAAAGAGCAGAAGAAGCCCCGCAACCGUCGGCAUCACGGGAAGGGGGAGGAGGAAGAGGAGCAGGAGGAGGUAGAGACAUGAGGAGCCCAACUUUGUGUCUGAAACGCCCUCAACCAUCCUUCCCCCCACCCCGUGAAAACUGGGAGAGACUCAUUGAGAGUAGCAACAUGAAAAAAUCCACAAACCGGAAAAAAAAAAGCAAACUGAGAAAAAAAAGGCUUACAAACACAACCCCACAUACAUCCUCUCAAACAGUAAGAUAUAUGAUACACAGUAUUUAUUGUAGGUUGUAUAUAGUAUCAUUCUGUGGAUUUCUUUGUACUUAUAGAAAAAAAACAUGCUCUUUGUGUAUAGGUACCUUUGGGGCGAAUAUUAUUGUUAUUAUUGAUGUUGUUAAUUUUAUUGUUGCUGUUACUGUCAUUACAAAACUCAUCUGUCAACAUCAUAUGACCUUGGCGACUGUUUGGAAUGUGUUAUCAGGCAUGUAAGCUGUUAAGAGUGAGCUACGAGAAGCUCUCUGUUAUGGGGAAAUGAGUUGUUGAUAAGGGGUGAUGGGAUCUCUGUUGUUUCUUGCUUGCUUUGACUCGAUUGCCAGGACUCUUUUAUUUCUGGACACUCCAGGAACACCUGUGACGCAACCUCCUCGUGGCUGCAUGCGGACAGAGACUUUAUACUGCAAGGGGACCAUCGACAUACUGUAUGGUCCCAGUUAAUGUGGGGAAACAGUACGUUCUCCAUGGGAACCCAGACAUACUGUACAGGAUGUUCAAAUAUUCUCACUGUUGUAAUUUGGCCUUUUAAUAAGAAACUGGUCUCUUGCCCUUUUUAGCUUUUUCUUCUAUUUCCUGCUUUAUUGGAGGAUUGAUUGUAAAAUAACGCAGCAUCUUUGCUACUUCUCAGCCCAGAUACGAAUUAUGAUUAUGGAAAUUUGCUCAAUUAAAGAAGGAAAAAGAUGUUUUCUCAAUUGUACUCUAUUUUGAGUAACCUGCAGCUUCUCUUCCAAGUGGCCAUGAACUCCAGUUUAAAAAAGAAACAUAGAUGAAAGGAGCAAGCAUCAGAUCAGUUUUUAUGAAACAUGAUUGGAAAUAUAAUGGUUGGGUUCUUUUCAAAUGCAAAUAUCCUUUGAACUGAGAGUGUGGUGCAAUAAAGGGUCAAGGUUUUGCACAAUGGGCAUUAUUCUUUUACUUUCAUGGGACAUUGGCUGGGGCCAAAUGUAACAAGCACACUUGGGCAAGCUAUAGUGGACUUCUGUGAAAAACAAAUCCAGUUUAAGAUUGAAAUUGGUGCCCGGUAAUGUUAGCUCUGAGCACAAGACAUCCUCUGUUCUUUCUUCCUCUGACAUUCAUUUGUGGUAAAAAAAAUAAUAAAUAUAUACACAACAGAGCAUUGUAACAAUGUUGUGACACUAACCAAAAUAUUGGGAAGCUGGCUUUCAUUGUGUGCAUGAACCUGUAUUUGUACUGUAAUUCUGAUAAGAUACUGUGUGGUCGUUUUUUUCUGUUCUUCUGUUCUGUUCUUCAUCUCUAGGAGUGUACAUUGCAGUCUGAGAAACAUUCUCAGUACAGCAAAAUUGGUAGAACAAAGGCUUUAAAGAUGUCCUAGCUCCAAACAUACCCCUGUAUAAAGCAUGGUGCAUCUUUUCGUGAUCAUAAAUAUAGAUUUUGUCAGAGAAUAAAGUCAACUUGCCUUGCUUCUGUGUAUAGGUGGCAAGUAAUAUGGGAGACUGUCGUUUAAAGAUGUAAACUAGUAGCAUAUUAGUUACACAGACAAAGUCAGUUUUAUUUAAUAGGAGGAGUGGGAUAAAAAUGGAUGAUGGUUCUAUUGAUUAGAAUUUUAUGCUCAUUCUCUUGUACACAGUACUAUUAAAAACAAUAGUACAGUAACCGGUUCUCCAGGAAGUUACAUGACAAAGAAAACAUAGCAAGCCUUUAACACACCUUUUCUAGCUUGUAUUCAGGCUCUGUAAAAGUCAGCUUGAAUGCCUUUGCGAAGAUGCAUCUAUAAUUCAUACAGGGGUAGCUGUAUCUGCUCCUCAAUUUGGGAUUUGUCUGCAUUCCCAGAAUCAAUCACAGCUCCUGAUUGUCUCCUCCAAAUGAGACCAGGGCUUAUACAGCAAAAAAAUGCAAAGAAAGGUUGUACAAUUUGUUGGUAUUUUUUAAAAAUGUGUCUUUAGUUUUUGAGUGUUUUUGUUUGUUUUGUAUUUUUUGCAUCAUCAGACUUUAUGAAAAAAGAAAAAAACUAAAUGCACAGAGGUGAUGUUAUUGUAAUGACUUGUGUAAAUUACUCUUAUCUUCCCUUUCCAUUGUUGUUGCUGACUAAUAAAUUAAAGCUCUAUAUUUUAUAAGAAUG